CGCCAGUCGCAGAGGAUUGUGGGUCGGAGACAGCGGUGGAGCAUCAUCAAAGCACAAGACAGGCGGACUGUUCACUUAGAUCUGACCUGGACUUAGUUUGUCCGCACGCAAGCGUCUAAACAGCGGAAGAAACGAUGGGACACGGUGACUUGAUGAGUAAAGCGGAGGAUGUAGCGGACCAGUUCCUCCGGGUCACCAAACACUACCUCCCCCAUGUGGCCCGCCUGUGUCUGGUCAGCACCUUCCUGGAGGACGGGGUGAGGAUGUGGUUUCAGUGGGGGGAGCAAAGCGACUACAUCGACUCCAGCUGGGGCUGUGGAUGCUUCCUUGCUAACUUCUUUGUCCUUCUCAACCUACUGAUACAGCUGGGUGGCUGUGUGUUGAUCCUCAGUAGAAACUUUGUUCAGUACGCCUGCUUUGCCCUGUUUGGCGUCAUUACCAUGCAGACUGUGGCCUACAGCAUCCUCUGGGACCCAAAGUUCCUAAUGAGGAACCUGUCAUUAGGGGGCGGUCUCCUCCUCCUUUUGGCUGAGUGCAGGGGUGAAGCUCGCAGUGUGUUUGCAGGAGUGCCCUCCCUUGGUCAUCAAAGUUCUCCGAGGCACCUGCUGCAGCUCGGGGGGCGUGUCCUCCUCAUCCUUAUGUUCAUGACACUGCUGCACUUUGACAUGAGCCUAUUCAGUAUCCUGCAGAACCUGGUCGGCACAGCGUUGAUAAUCCUGGUGGCGGUGGGCUUCAAGACCAAGUUGGCGGCGCUGACUCUGGUCGCCUGGCUGCUCUGCAUCAACUUCACUUUCAACGCCUUCUGGACCGUCCCCUCAUACAGACCCAUGCACGACUUCCUCAAGUACGACUUCUUCCAGAGUCUGUCGGUGAUUGGAGGCCUGCUGCUGGUGGUGGCUCUGGGGCCCGGGGGCGUGUCAAUGGAUGAGAAGAAGAAGGAGUGGUGAGGGGGAGUGGGUGGAGUAAGGUGAAGGAAAAGACUGAUGAAAGUCAGUGUAUCAUCCUCUUGAUACGCUAUCACUCCAUUCUUCCCAGAAAAUGGAAACAUUGAAUAUUAGGUUUUUUUCUGUUUUUAUAAACAUCAGGAAAAAAGAAACUUUGCCUCCAUUUUUAAUUUAUGAUAUUUCAGUUUCUUUUAUGUACAAAAGCGACAGUAUUUUAUGUGUUGAGGCUGUUGGCAAGGAGACGACUUCUCUUGAAGACGCACUGAACAUUAGAACCUAUUAAAUACUGCCAGUUUCUGUCUGUUCUCUCCUGUCUCUGCUCUCUGUAUCUGUCUCUCUCUCUCCUCUGUCUUCACCUCUUUAUCUCUACUGUCUUCUCUGUCUUCUGUCUCUUAAUCUCUCUCUCUCUCCUCUGUCAGCUGUGACAAAGUUGAUGUUAUUCUUUUGUAAUUGUAGUUGUGUAAUAAAUACAUCAUUGCAGCAUUG